AGGGAAAAGUAAUUAAAUUACAGUAACUAAUUACUUAGUAACUAGUUACACCCAACACUGGUAGAAAGCCAAAUAGUAUUUAUUCUGACUUGACUUCUUUUUUCAAGCUGCUAGCAUCUGUUUUACAUUAUAAUUCUUUGGAGUAAACGUCCUGAGUGCUUUUUUUAAACGUCAGCGCCGCAUCUUUUUCUGCAGCUCCUGUUGAGGUUGAAAAAGUUCAACUUUUCUGGAAAAAAACGCCCUUUUUCACAGCUAACCAAUGACAGAGACCUGUCGUUUCCAUAACAACAUGGGAGGAAGCUUGAAAAGCUUAAAUGGCGGCCGAAACGCCCGUUGGAGCAUAGUUAUCGAUACAAAAUAAGUUACAUUUUUACUUUCAACCACUUUUGAAAGCAUGUCUAGCGAGAAAUUAGAAUUGUGUUUUUUAAAUUUGUGAUUAGUUAUUGUUGUCUGUUUAUAAUUCAAAUAGACUAACGUUAAACUGCCUUUCUGUUUCUCUGGGCUGCCUUCGAAGUUCGUGCUGAGACGCAGCCUCCGAAGUCAUGGCGAUCGGCUGCUAUUAGUAACAAAACGAUGGCAGCGUUUUUUUUUUACUGCGUCUUUUUCGACGGCGAACUCCUGCACAAAUGUGACACUCACUGACUGCUUGCACCAACCGGAGGGGGAGGGGCCACGUGGCACGUUACGUUCUUCGCUGCACACAACCCAACAUGUAAUCACUUGCGCUUAAUGACGCGCCAUUCGCGUUUGUUCUGAACACAACAUGAAGGAUUACUGCACUUUCCGUCUUUGAGGACGAGUAAAAAACUGCGAGUACCGCAGGAAUGUGUCAGAAUGGAUGAGUUCUACAUGUCGUGGGGUUUUGAUUCAUGAUUUGAAGUAGACCUUGAAUGAGGGGUUCAAAGACCAGCUUUGAAAGAAGGGUCUCCUUCUCGCCGCCAUGAAGCUCAACGAGAGAAGUGUGGCACAUUAUGCCACAUGCAACUCUCCUCCUGACAAGACGGGCAUCCUCUUUAAGAAAGGGGAAAGGAACACGGCGUACCACCGACGCUGGUUCAUUCUGAAGGGGAACAUGCUCUUCUACUUCGAGGAGAAGGAAAGUCGAGAGCCAAUCGGGGUCAUCGUCCUGGAGGGCUGUACAGUGGAGCUCUGCGAGUCUGAAUCAGAAGAGUUUGCCUUCGCCAUUAAGUUUGACUGCACCAAGGCAAAGAUGUACAAGAUGGCAGCAGAGAGCCAGGCCGCAAUGGAGUCGUGGGUCAAGGCUCUGUCACGGGCUAGUUUCGACUACAUGCGCCUGGUUGUAAAGGAGUUGGAGAGGCAGCUGGAAGAGGUACAAGAAGAAGCGAGAUCUUUACAGAUAAAGAAUAAGCAGAAGAAACACCAGCCACAAGUGCAAGCAGCCACACCAGGCUUCCGAGGCGCCUCAGUCACAGGAUUUUCGCAGCUUCGUAAUCCGUUAGAGGAAGAGCUCCCUUCUUUGGGGAGUUCCAGUAGGGAGAACGGGGUGUCUUGGAAUAAGCCUCAAAGUGUGGUUAAUGGUAUCAGUGAGGGUUGGGCCUGGGAGGGGGAGGGGGACUGCAGCGGGAAGGGGGAUGGAUUUAGACGACCUCCAAUACCUCCACGGAGAAAGACCGUUGGCGGGUUGCUUGGGAGUCCUGUUUCACCCGGCACAGAUUGCUUCUCUAAACUGCAUGACUGGUACGGGAAAGAGGUGGCUGAACUAAGAAUAGAGUGGCUUCAGGGCCAAUGAAUCAGCCACGCAGUGCCUUAAAUGAUUGCAAGAGAGUCAACCCAUAAUUUCCACAGAUAACGGUGUGUUUACAAUUUUUGGUGCAAUCUUAGUUUUAGUGGGAGAAAGCAGAUGUACAGUAACAGGCCAAAUGUAUAUAGAACUUGACAUAUAAGAUGAAUCAGAAUGUUAGUGACUCGUUUCCUGUUACAUGCUGGCAGAGUGUUUUAUUAAUUUUUUAAUUUAGACCAAAACAUUUUUAAAGAAAUACUUUCUUGCAAGUCAAAAUGUAUUACUUUACAGAACACCCAACACCCGAAGUGCUCUUUUUCGAUGUAAUAAAGAUAUAUCAUUCCAUAUAAUUACACUAUAUUUCCAGGUCUUUUGACGCCUUCUUUACGGUGCAAAAUAUGAAAAAGAGCACUCUUAAUAUUUUAUUUCUUUUCUGUACUGCAGAAGAAUAUCAGUCAUCAAAGUCUGUUAUGACAGUGGCUGGUAAAUUAAUUUUGAACAUGGCUCUUAGCUUUAUCUUGAGAUGUAAGAUCAUAAAGCAUUCAUUGUAUUUGUCAGUUCUUUCUCGUGUUGUAUUCAUUUCCAUGAUAACAUUGCAGUCUUUUCUACUGCAUAGCAGAGGUACGACAUCUAUGUUUUCAUUAGCAAAAAGACUAUGAAUGUUCAACAUGAAGGUGCCAAAGCUGGUCUAUGGCAACCAUUAUUAUUUUUCAAUAAUAUAGAGUUGAAAUGCAAUUUUGAUUAACAGCACAAAUCGUUGAAUUGCAAAAGAUGCAUUGCAAGAGUAAUACAGUUAUCAUAACCAUAAGUCAACCAAACCUGCCAAUUCCUAAAUGGCAAAAAAAAAAUGUAACCUUAAAGUAAUAAUGGUAUCCAGCUAACACAAUUUUGGGUGAUAAAUGUUUUUUUAAGCUGUUGUAUGUUUUUCUUUUUUUGUGCUUACUUUGAUGUAUAUUAUUGUGCCAAUAAGCAUGUCAGUGCUUUACCUUUGAUAUAUAAUACUGACCAAGUUAGCCAUCCAUGUGUGACCAACAUUUGAUACAAUAUAAAAGAUAUAGGCAGCUUCAUGAUGUAUGUAUGGCUCUUUUUUAAAGGUACAAAUUUACACAUUUUGGACGUUGUGUGCAAUCCUGCAGUCUUACCUUGACAAUAAGUGCUUUCACAAUCACAGUGCCUUCAGAUUUUAUAUUAAAAAAACAUUGCGUUUCAUUCAACAAUAAAAAUAAAUGGCAAUAAAGCAGAAAUUGUGAUUAUGGUUUUAUAUCUUAGUGUUUUUGUAAUAAUUAUGUACUAAAUACAAUCAAAUGUUAACUGCAAUAAAGUGUUCUCUUUGUCGAAAUACA